CUCAUUCGUUGGCUUAUUGGUCACUUCUAUAUCACGUCUGCCGGCCGCUCCCAAAUUCCCCUUACCUAAUCAAUCCACGAGAUACAGUAGUCUGCAUAUCUGAGUGGUCCUCUACUUUCUCUCUUUUCAAAGAAGGAAUUAGCCGUAUUAGGGACGAUCAAAAGCCCUAUACGCAAUCAUGGCCCCUCUAAGUCGCUACCUCGCCUCUCUUCUCAGCCUGCAACCCGCCCUAGGCUCUCCCCUCCACCCUCCACAUCACCAACCUGGCCACCUGGGCGCUGUAGCCUCCGAAAGCAGCAUCUGCAGCAACAUCGGCACGGAACUGCUCAAAUGCGGCGGCAACGCGGCUGACGCUCUCGUGGGGACGACCUUUUGCAUUGGCGUCAUUGGAAUGUACCACUCCGGCAUUGGAGGUGGAGGAUUCAUGCUGGUGCGGGGUAGUAAUGGGAGUUAUGAGUUCAUUGAUUUUCGGGAGACUGCACCAGCGGCUGGCUUUGAGGAUAUGUAUAAGGAUAACGUGAAUGCGAGUAUCUAUGGGGGGCUAGCAAGCGGCGUCCCCGGUGAACUUCGCGGCCUUCAUCAUCUCCACACAAAUUACGGCAAGCUACCUUGGCACGAAGUCAUGGAGCCUGCCAUCAAAGUAGCGCGAUACGGCUUCCCUGUCACCGAAGAUCUCGUCCGCUACAUGGCCUCCGCCAUCGCCGGGAUCGACAACUUCCUUGUCAACGACCCGACCUGGGCUAUAGACUUCGCCCCCAAUGGUACGCUGCUCACCCUAAACGAGACUAUCACGCGCAAGAGAUACGCAGACACGUUGGAGAAGAUUGCAGUGCAUGGGCCAGACGUAUUUUAUACGGGCAAAAUGGCCAAAGAGACAAUAGCAGCGCUAACAAAGGCAAAUGGGACGAUGACACUAGAAGAUCUAAAGAAAUACACCGUUGCAAUCCGGAAGCCGGCGCAGAUCACGUAUCGAGGAUACAAACUGACGAGCACGAGCGCACCGAGCUCUGGUGGCGUCGCGCUCAGCGUGAUGAAGAUAGUGGAGGGGUUCGGGGACUUUGGCACGCCGGAGACUGUGAAUCUGAGUACGCAUCGACUAGAUGAGGCGAUCCGGUGGGGAUAUGGUGAACGUGCCCUCCUCGGCGACCCCUAUUUUACCGAGGGCCUUCAAGCCUACGAAGACGAUAUGCUUAGCGACGCAACUGCCGCCAGCAUCCGUGCCAAAAUCUCAGACUCCACCACCCACAACGUAUCAUGGUACGACCCCGAUGGCCUCGAGAGCCUCGAAACACCCGGAACCUCGCACAUAGUGACAGCCGAUCACACCGGGAUGGCUUGUUCGCUGACCACCACCGUGAACCUUCUCUUUGGAAGCCAUGUCAUGGUCCCAGAGACUGGCGUCAUAAUGAAAACCGUCCUCAAACUGACCGCGAAGAACAACGAAAUGAAUGACUUCUCCAUUCCCGGCAUCAGCAAUGCCUUCGGCUUUUUGCCCUCGCCCAUCAACUUCGUGAAACCGGGCAAGCGGCCCCUCUCUUCCAUCACACCUACCAUCGUCGAGCACCUGUCCAACGGGAAGCUGUACCUCGCGCUAGGCGCAGCCGGUGGCUCGCGUAUCAUUACAGCGACGAUCCAGAAUCUCUGGCAUGUGUUGGACUCUGGGUUGACGACGCCAGAAGCACUGGCAGAACCGAGAUUGCAUGACCAGCUAGUGCCGUAUACUGUUUCAUUCGAGUAUGCUUAUGAUAAUAGUACGGUGGAGUUUAUGAAAGAGAGGGGGCAUAAUGUGUCGUGGGUAGGCCCGGGGCAGAGUACUGCGCAAGCUCUAAGGGUACUGUCGAAUGGGACGUUUGAGGCUGCUGGGGAGCCGAGACAGAAGAACUCGGGAGGGUUUGCGGUGUAG